CUAUCAAUGUAUAUGUAAUUCAUGCCGAGUCAGUACCAGUUUAUUCGCAACCAACCUCAAACGGUACGCUUUCAAUUUAUGUGUGUAGUAACUGGAGUAACUGUCACGCAAAGUGGUAGCGGUCGAAUUUUAGGAACCCGCCAUUUCCAGCUUCAACGAUGUCAGUCUCCAAAAUGACGAUUCUAUUGUUGGCCUUACUGCUGCAUUUGGCUUUCCCCGCCGAUGCUCAACCAACGGACCUGACCUCGUAUCACGGUAAACUUGUGGGGACAUUUGGGUCCACCGCACACAGUGUGCAGGGGACGGUUUAUGCAGAGGACGAUCGGACGUUAAGAAUCAUCGGAUUUUCCUACGACGGAACUGCACCAGAUGCGUUCCUAUGGGGAGGAGAGACGGUCUCACCAUCCAGCAAUGGCUUCAUAAUCCCCAAAGAGGAUGGAACCGAGGUAAAACUGGGCUACUACUCCAACGUAGAUAUCACUGUGACUCUUCCGUCGUCGAAAACUGUCUCAAACCUCGCCUGGAUCUCGGUCUGGUGUCGACGAUUCGCGGCCAACUUUGGGCAUGUUAUAUUUCCAGCGGCUUUCGUCCCACCUUCCCCUUACAACCUUGGAGCUCUUGGAUUCUCCCCACUCGUCCACAGAACAUCGGCCGCCGCUGUGGUGGUACUCGACCCCAAGAAAAUAAGAUUUGAAGACCUCAACUACGAUGGAUUCGGUCCGGACGCUUACUUCUGGGUUGGCCCAGGUGACACACCAAGCUAUGAUGAGGAUUACAGAAUACCAGAUGAAACAGGAAGUUUGCAGGUAAUCAGAAGUUACUCUGGAGCAACCGUCACCGUGACUCUCAUCGACAAUAUCACUAUAGCCGACAUUGGCCAUAUCGGACUGUGGUGCGUCCGCUUCAGACAGGACUUCGGCCAUGUUGACAUUCCUGAUUUCAAUGUUCUCAACAUUCCACCGUUGCCGCUGGCGACACUUACUACAACGGCACCGAUCACGACGACGACAGUCAGUACAACGACAGCCGGUACGACGACGGCCGGUACGACGACAGCCGGUACGACUCCCUCGAUGGGGUUCUGCAAUUGCGAAACGCUGGUCGUGGGUGAGCUUCAAGUCUGUUGGUUUAUUGACGGGACCGACAUCGUUAUCCGUCACAGUACACCCAACGAAGUCGAGACGUACACUGCAUUCGGCGUGAGUGGAUCUCCCACGAGCACGCAGAUGGUGGGUGGCGAUGUCGUGGUCACCUUCGUCGACGGCAACGGAGUCGCACAGGCCGUUGAUUACUACCUCGGCUCUCAGGCUCAAUGCUCUCCUCAAAAUGGCGCUGGAGCGUGCCCCGACGUCAUCUCAUCGAAUUCGGCAAGCAAUGACGUCACGCUAGUAGAAUCAUCGAUUGAUAAUGGAAUGACCCAUAUCGUUUAUCGGAGACCAUUGGCAGCUAGUGAUGCGACUUACGACAAAGCAAUCUCGACAACAGAACCUACCUACGUAAUAUGGGCUCGAGGAUUAAUCAACGCUGACGGCCGCGUCGCCUAUCACUCACAGCGCUCUCCAGGUACCUCGAAUCUCCAGAUUGACUUUAAUCGGGUAAGCUCGACGUGUGCUCCUGGGAGUGACACUACGACCGCACCUAGCAACCCUCAGACACCACACCUUCGGAGGAGGAGGGGGGCUGGACCAUUGAGGGCAUCGUGGAGACAGAAAAUUCAACGUUCACGGUAGAGAUGAUUGACAGGAGGUCAGCAAGGGUACAACUACAUCACCGGAUCCGUUGGCUGGGGCAUUGCUUGGUUUAUCAACGGUGAGCUUAUUCCCGAGCUCACUCUGAGACGCGGUAAAACCUACACGUUCUUAGUGAGCGGAGGAGAUGUCCCAUCGAUGAGCGCUAACUAUCAUCCAUUCUACAUCACCGAUGACCCUUCUGGAGGCUACGCCCAACUACCGCAAGAUGAACAGCAGGCUAUCACGAUCUACGCGGGGCCGGAAGAGGGCCCACUUUGCCAAUGGACUAGCACUAGUGAUACUGGAAGCCCUGAUCUCUACACGUCAUUCGAAGACUACAAAAACAAAUUGACUGUUGUUUGCCAGCCCGGUGAGCCUGGCGAACUCGUGUGGACCGUACCAAUGGACGCCCCUGAUCUCUUGUACUAUCACUGCUACACCCAUCGCUUCCUCGGCUGGAAAAUCCAUCUGGUGGAUGGUGACGAGAACAUGACGUCACAAAAAGCGACCACUAAUGAUGGCAGCACAACGACCGCGGAUGAUGGCAGCACAACGGCAACGAUUGUUGGCAGCACAACGACCAUGGAUGAUGGCAGCACAGGUGGAGGUGGGCCAUCGAUCGCAACGUCGCCGAUCAGUGUUGCUGCAGCGUCAAUUUUCGCUGCUCUCGCACUGUUUUUAUAAGGAAUUGGCAUGUGGCUUCGCCAAUGAGCAUGAUUUAGCAGUUUGAUGACCCUAAGUAAGAUCUAACGGUUCUUCUAAACACAGUAGCGGUUUUCGAGAGAAGAGAGAGAGAGAGAGAAAGAGAGAGAGAGAGAGAGAGAGAGAGAGGUGUAUCUAGCUGAGCAUAUUUUCUGAAUUGUUAAGUAAUAGUACACUCGAAUUGAUAUUACAACAAAAAUGUUUUGGAUGGAAGAUUUUUGCCAAAAUUGUAUAUCAUUAUGAGAUUUGUCAAAAGAGGAGUUGAAGUUAUGUAUGUAGACCAUUUAAACGAAAAUGUAUUGGAACCACGCCCAGAAAUUGUGGCGUAAAAUAUGCCAUAAUUAUCUAAUAAUUUCCUUCGGUGGAAUAUAAUUCCCUUGCUUGUACAUAUGGUUUGCUCCUUGCAAAACUUUUAGUGAUGAUGAUUCAUGUCAUUUCGAAUAUUUUAUAUUUUUCUUAUUCAUGUAUCAUGUAUCUUAAUGUUUCAACGCAAAUAUGUAUAAAAGAAGUGCAAAAAGUGACUUAAAAGGAAUAUAGAAAUUUUGUAUUGAUCUGCAACUAAUAUGACAUCAAUAAGAAUAUUAAAAGGUUAGUUUUGUGUACACGACAUUGCAUAUGAUUUUAUAAUCUGGUACUGUACAAUAUACUUGCGCUUUCAUAAAUGUACAUUUUCCAUGUUAUUCCAUUUUAUUUUAGAGAAAUUAUUUACUUGGCUGACCAAAUGUAUGUGUACAUGUAGCAUAUGUCAUAGGACGCAACUACAUGUAACUAGGUGAUUUUUGUUCACCUUCCCCGUAAAUAUAUAAACCCAUUUAACUGUAUCUAUAAUUGUCAUUAUAAUGAUGUUGACCUCUGAAAUAACCAUAUUUGUUUACAUCAGGCUAUUCAUUAUACACACUGUACCACAACAUUCGAAUGAUAGCAGUGCUAUGGAGUGGAUUUCCAUUCCCCCCUUCGAAAGUAAGGCUAUCCUGUAGAGAUAUUCUCUUUUGUGAUUACUGUUGGAUAUUGAUGAAUGUAUGAAUCGAUUAUCAACCAUUUACCCACAAAGCAGAUGCCUUAACAUCUUAUGGGAAAUAGUGUGUUACUUGAAUGACUUUGAUAUAAUAAUUAUGUGCAAUCGUUCAUCAAAGGGAUUGGGUAUCUUUGUCUCGGAUUCUAAAACAAACCCUGCAAUGGUGAUUAUAAACUUUGAGUUCAGUCAGGGACCCCACUUUUACAAGCCAAUCGCGUGUCUGAUUAUCAAGAUAUUUAUGAUUGGAAAUCGUAAUUUCAAAAUUCGUUUUCCUAACGGUUUUUAUUAUACUACAUGAUCAUUUCGAAGCGCAAUUUUGUAGGGCUUCAAUAAUACACCAUAUCAGAGACCCUGAUAGAACGUAGCACCAUGCAUCUCAUAUUUUAUAUUGUUAAACGAUUCCUUCAAAAUGCAAUAAUAAAGUGAAGACAAGUAGCCUACAUGGAAUUGCCAUUACGCAGAGGAUAACAGUUGCAGUGCUUUAUACUAUAACAUUGUGGAAAUAUAAAAUUCUAAGUAUUUUAGAUGUCUGAA